AUGAUGGCGCUGUUUGAUACUGAGCCGUGGCCCAUCAGUUUAGGCACUAUCGCCACUGUUACCGCUGGCUUUCUGUCUCUGGCCUUCAUCCUCCGCUACACGUCGGGGAAAAAGCUGCAUCCAAGCGAGCCAAUAGUUAUCCAGCCAUGGGUUCCUCUCAUAGGCCAUUUGAUGGGCAUGGCGCUGCAUGGUGGCCGAUAUAUCAAACAGCUUGGAUUGUCUUACCCCGAAGAGCCCAUCCUGACUUUGCCUGUGCCGGGAUCUCGAAUUUAUGUCGUGACGGAGCCGUCAUUGGCCGCUAGCGUUCAGCGCAAUACCAAGACAUUAUCCAUGUCACCUCUGCUGCCAGAGAUAACCCAGCGGGUGCUUGGGCUUGACGAGAGGACCUAUAAUGUAAUUGGCACAAACCUGGAUCCAGAACCGGGCGAGCCACGCGGAUUCUUUGCUGACAUCCAUGACUGGGUGUAUACCUCCCUUGGACCGGGUGAAUAUGUAAAUAAGCUGAGCUGUGAAGCUGCGCAGGAACUCUGUCUCCAGCUACGUGAAAGAAUUGGCUCCCUUGACAAGGCUGCUGAUGCCCCUCAGCCUAUUGAUAUUUUGGUCUGGACUCGGCACAUGGUAACCGUUGGUACGGCGAAAUAUCUCUUUGGACCCCAUAAUCCCAUUGCCGAGGACCCCGACUUGGAGCAUGCUUUUUGGGCAUUUGAUCACGGACUUGCUGGGUUGCUUAUCGGAAUAUUGCCAUCCGUCAUAGCACCCAAAGCGUAUAGCGGCCGAGAGAAGCUGUCUGCUGCGUUCUGCAGGUAUUUGGAAGCUGGCCAUCUGGAUUCAGCAUCGUUAAUUGCAAGGGGUAGAGCCCGAAUAGAAAAAGAAUAUGGCAUGAGCACAGACAUGACGGCUCGUUCAGCCCUGUCUUUUCUUUUUGCUGGUAUCGUAAAUACGACAACCACAACGUUCUGGUCAAUAUUACGAAUAUUUGCGGAUGCAAAGCUUCUCGCCGAGACGCGCCAGGAGAUCCGCCAGGCGUUGGAGCUCAGUAGCCAACGCACAGGUCCGGACUCGCUGAGCAUUGGAGUGGUUAAAGAAACAUGUCCAACGCUCGUUGCUGUUUAUAGGGAAAGCCUGCGCAUCGGAUCGGAGAAUUUCUCUGUCCGCAUGAUCAAGGAGGACACGAUGCUGGCUGAUCGAUACUUCUUGAAAAAGGGUGCUGUUGUGCAGAUCUCUGGGGGCGUUAUCCAUGCUAACAGGUCGAUAUGGGGCCAAGAUGCUGAAGAGUUUAACCCAGGCAGGUUUCUAAAAGAAAAGAGCAGGAGUGAUGGGUUUCAUCCCGCGGCAUUUCGUGGAUUUGGUGGUGGCAAGACAUUGUGCCCUGGCCGUGACUUUGCGACCAACGAGAUUCUCAUGUUUGCAGCCAUGAUCAUCCAUGCAGUCGAUUUGGUCGCACCUGGGGGCGGUAGCAUUUCUGUUCCCAAGAAGAAUGAUCGGGUGAUGCCUGUUCAUAUUUUGGAGCCGAAAUAUUUCCCUGAGGUCAUCGUCAAACCAAGGGCAGAGGAAGCUGAGAGACACGGCAGUUCUAUAGGCCCAUCGUCCUCUAGAGAGCAUUCAGCUAGCACUCCUGGCUUCGAAUCCUCAAAAUUGCCUGCAAUGUAUUCUAUGGCGCUCGAUGAGCUGCAAGAAUUAGAAUCAGAGCCUCUAUGCCACCGUAUUGCAGCUCGUCUAUUGGUCAACAACUGCCAGUUACUCGACGGACGAGAUGAUGAAACAAUCUUGACUGAUAGUGGAAGAGCUGCUCGCGACUUUGUGGACUCAUAUGCCGCAAGCUUAGCUAUAUGUGACCUAGAAAGAGGUAGCUUCGCUAUUCCGCCUGUUUGUUCCAAGUUUCAAGAGUCAACUCUCGCACGAAUCGCUCCACAGACUAAGCCACAGCUGCAUGUAACGACAGCGGAGAUUGAUGACUGCCUCGAAGGCCUGGCACAGUCAGAUUCGGCAUGGAACACCUGGGUGAGCUAUCACCAUAAAACAUUACGAUUUUGUGAGGCCGCUCGUGCAGACAAUGAAAAGGAUCAAAAUGUCCGGGUUCACCAAAGACUAGUUGACAUCCUCGCGAGGCUGACUACCCAACUCGAAGAAGAGAUGGGGGAGCGAUUUCGAUCACUCAAUCAAAUGUUUCAAGAAGUCGAAACUGCCACGGCCAACCUCAAGCCCCAGAUGAAUGACUUGAAAAAUGGCUUUACUGAACUUGAUACGUUUUUCAGAGAACAGAUUGUUCAAAAAGUUCAGCGGUCGACGGAUUUUAUCAACCACGGACUCGAAGACGCCAGAAACUUACAGAUACUACUCGCAAUGUUAGUCGACGCGACACAAACGCAGAACCAUGACCUGGUAUCUUCACACGAGUCUGCUUUACAAGAGGCCACGCAGCGAAUUACCACCGAAGUGGAUAUUAUCCUAUCUGCACUCGCUGCAGCAGUGACCUCAUCAACAUCUUUACAUAGAGAAAUUGAAGUUUCACAAUCCAUAGCGGCAGCUGUUGCAUUGAGGCAAGAGAAAAUAGAGACAAAUAUGAAGAGGCUUGAAGGAUUGGCCGAUUCUCUACUGGUUCAGCAUGAAGGCCAUCAAGAACGACUGGUUCAUGCCCAGCAGACAGCUUCGAAUCUAAUAGAUAUCUUGGAUUCAGCUUCUUCAUCGGCAACUACCCUUCGAACUUCCAUCUACAAUAGCCUCGGUUUGGGUUCUUGGUGGCCUUAUAUAUUCUGUCCUCUCACCUCUUUGGUUGUCGGAUCAUAUGGACUGCCUCCUUCUGCAACGAGAAACCUCAUGCUCGUCAGUUUGGGAGAGGUUGCUGGAUUUGGAGUGUCUAUUGCGAAGCAAUACGGACGCGAUUUGCACACAGCUUUUACAUCUAACAAAAAGAUGCCUGUCAGAGCUAAUUCGACAAUAGCACCGGACGAGGAUAUUUUUUCGUACAACGAUCUCGCGAACAAGGAGGCUUGGAGGCUUAGAUUCAACAAGAACGUUUAA